AUGGGACAAUCUCAAUCACCAUCACCAUCACCAUCAGAAGCAUCAUUUUCAACUCGCACCAGUGUCAUCCUGCCUUCUUGCCACACAAAAAAUACCCACAGUUCCUCGACAUAUGACGGUGCUGCUACAGACUCAGCGUCAAGAGAGACGCUGUCUGAUGGUCAGCCAUUUGUUCGCGCUUCGGCUGAUUUGCAUGAUCAUAUUCAGGCCUCAAACCAUGGCUUCCACUCUGUGCCAGAGCACAUAUCUUCAUCCCAUACUCGUUCUUCUCCCUCAACUGCAAACACAGAGCCUGCUAACUUCGCUAAGCAAAUUGUUUCCCCGUCGUGCACUGCACGCGCUAGUCCGUCCGUUGACUUCGUUGAAUCAAAUCCGCAACAUGUCUACGACGAAUCUCAAAGAGUAUUUGCACAUAAAGGCUCGUCUAUUCCGGAUGAUUCUACAAAUCCGGGACUACAUGCUUCUGAACAGGGGGGCUUAUCAGGACUUAUGCACCCUACAAAUAUGCCUAAGGCACUACCGGAGAAACAUGCACAAACCGCUUUGCUAUCGUACAACUCAUCCUCAAUGUCACCUAAUGAAUCAACUACGUCAACCGUUCCACAUGGCUUGGCGGGUUCCGAUGGACCAGCGCAUGAACGAACUAUUUCUCACUACCAGUAUAAGGCACCUGCGAUAAAGCCACACUCAACCGCUGAUGCGGCAUCUUUUCAAGGCCAAAUUUUUAAUACUUUGUCUUCACAACCAUCGACUGAGUUGUCGUAUGUCUCAUCCGAACGUAACGAAUCGGUUGUUGAAUCAAGUAAUAAUAAGGCAGGAACAACAAACACUGACCUCCCUAUUCCGAGUGCUUUUUCUGCACCCUGCGAUCCAGCUUUAUCAGCUCCGGUCUCUGACGGGCUUUCUGACGCUGUUCAUGCCACAAACACCAUUAAUUCCGAGACUUCUCAUGUCGCGAAUGAAGCGCGAGCGCGUACAAAUCAGGGUGCCCCGAAUCAUGUCACAGGGCGUUAUGAUGCAUCUUCCUCGUAUUCACCGCGUUCAACAACGCCUGUUGUGUCUCGUUCAGGUCGUGUUGUAAAGCCCUUAUCAACUUCUCAAGCGAUCCCCCAUGACCCAAUCGCACCACUGAUGAAAAAAAUCGAGACACAACAGGAAGAAGUUCAAUUUCUGCGUAGUAUGUACGAAGAAGCAUCUUCCAUGGCAAGUCAAAAUGCGAACGCGCUGUCUUUGGCACAGCAAGAAAUCGCACAGCUCCAGUACCAACUAAAACAAGGCCUGACAAUGCAGCGUGAACUUUGUGCUGUGCAAAUGGAUCAUUGGAAGUCUGAGGUGACUAUGGCACAACAACAACGAGCGCUUGAGGAAUGGAGAGCACGCGCUGAACGAGAAACAGCAAGGCUCUCUGAUUCAAGCAAUUUAGCAGAAGCUACGAAAAAUGAAUUGCAGGUGGAAACCUAUCGUCCGAGUGAUCGAAUCCAAGACAGCGUGGCGCAGGAACUUGCUGAUUUGGCUUCUGAAGCUCAAGAAGCGCAGCAGGCUGAGCAGGCUCGGCUGACGGAGCGUUGCUCAGGUAUGGAAGAUCGUCACCUGGCAAACUAUACCGCGGAAAAUAUUCCUGCCAAUUCUGAAGCUAAUACUAUCGUAUCCGACAAUGUCUCGAUGACUGUUGCUUCCACCGCCAUGUCACGAACUGAAGAGCCGUCUGUGCUUGAUGAGGUAAACGAGAAUGAUUUUGAUUCUCGCCACGAAGCUCAAGGUCCUAACACCAGCUUGUCUCUGUUUCGAUCUUCAAUUCAUUCUUUGUUGGAACAGGAUGUAGGACACCAUUAUGAAAACGUGUCUCUUGUUGCACACGAAGGAACGGGCAUGCUACACACCAGUUCUCCGCGUCUGUCUACACGUACACCAGAACAGACAGACGCAAGUGGAAUAUAUGAUCCAAAAACAAAGGAUGCCUCUGAAUCGUCUUUGAUUGCAACUUCACUACCAACACCAGUCGAAAUAAGCCCUGAUCGAGCGGAUUCGUCCAAGUUCACGCUCGAUCACGCGCCUUCAUCUGAUCCUGUUCAUUCGUCUGCAAGAUACGAGUCUACGCCUCCGUUGAUGCACGAUGUGUCUAUUUCAUUUGAGAAACCUCCUCAUCUGUCGGAAGUGCCUGUGGCGCGAUGGAAACGGCGCAAACACAGUAACGUAAAGUCUCCUAUGAAUGUAUGA